AUGGAGGAGGCUAACCUGGAGAUCGCUCAGCUGCAGGGCCUGGUGGCUGAGCUGCGUGAGGGGCUCCAUGUUGCCUUGACAGAGCUGGGCGAGCUGCGUCACAGGGACCACGGCCUGGAGGAGAAGCUCCAGGCGCAUCAGACUGACGUGGAUGAUAAGAUAAUGGGCCUCAAGAACUCGCUCAACACUUUCAAGGAGGAGCUGAAUGUGGCGUUGUUCCACAUUAAGGACGUGUCCAACAGACAGAGAGAGGUUCAGAAGAGGAUAGAAAUAUUACAGUCUGAAAACAGCAAGGAUGCCGUCUCUGUUCCGCACAGUAGAAAGAGCUCCAAGGCAGAUGUGCUAACGGCAUCGGGGGAUGAACACAUCUGCGUGCCGAGCCAAUCAGAACUGAACGUUAUUCAACACUUCUUUUCCAGUCUGCCACACAGCGGGUCACCACAGAGGAGCAACACGUCUACACAGACCUCUACCUCUGAGAAGGAGCCUCAGCCACAGCAGCAGAGGGGUUGUCUGUCCAAGUCUCCAGCGUGGGGAGAGGGGAAGAACAGCAGAGACGACACAGAAACCCCCAACAGCCAGACUGAAAACAAUAAGAGACAGAGAGCGGCUCUGGAGCUCCUGGAGUCAGAGAGAGUUUACGUCUCCCACUUGUCUCUGUUACUGAAGGCCAACAUCUCCUUCAACGGCUCGGAGGCGCUCACCACCAAAGACAAGCGUCCAUUCCCUAGCUCUCUGAGGUUUCUGAUCCAGCAGCAUCUCGAGCUCCUCCACACUCUCCAGGACCGUGUGCUCAAGUGCCAGUGGCAAGGCAUCAUGGGGGAUGUGUUUAUGAGGCUCACCAGCAAAGAGAGUGAUUUCUUGGACUUUUACGUGUCGUACCUGAAGGAGCUCCCAGACUGUUUGUCGGUCGUCACCAUGCUCGCCUCCAGCUCCGUGAAGUCUUCUGCCCUAAUGGAGAGUGACAUAAUGGGUGACGAAUCCAAACCCUCCCUCCACACUCUGCUCCUUCAGCCGGUUCAGAGGAUCCCUGAGUACCUGCUGCUGCUACAGGGGCUGCUGAGGCAGACAGAUGCAGAGCACCCAGACUACUACCUGCUGCUGGUGAGCAUCCAGCAGUUCAGGUCCUUCACAGCUCAGUACCACCACCUCCUCCAGCACAACCAGGAGCUUCUGCUGCACAACCGCAAGGAGGUGAAGAGGUCUACCAUGAAACAGCUGUUAAAGACAGUAGAAAGUGGAAUUCAAGCUAACAACAUUGGCUCACCGUACCCUUGCAGCAGUGCAGCCAUGCUGGAACGUGCGAACCAGGUGAAGCGCAACAAACAGCAUCUCCUGGAGCAGAUCCAGUCUCACCGUUUCCAGGAUUGGAAUCGGGACCGGGAUCCAGAAACUCACUGUUAUGACACAGAGUGGCCUUCCCAGCUCCCGUUUUUCAGCCCUGACCUGGACUCACGGAACCACAAGCCAACAGGUCUCGGCAGUAUCCCAGAGAGUGAGGCAUCCGAGAGGUCCCUGUCGUGCCAGCAUCAUCUUCCCUCCAGACCUUCAGACUUCCGUCAGGUUCAACCAGGCUCUGCUCUGGCUGAUGCUCUCGGAGAGUUCCUUCUCCCUCCAGACCCCCCAGGGAUGGAGAGCCUCUAUGAAGAGGAUGGAGGCUCCCUUCAUGAUGUCUUCGACCACUGCUCGUCCGGCUCUUCAGAUUCCUCUAUUGACAUUGCCUUCGUGAAGUGCCCCAAAGGCCCCUCAGCCUCGCAUCACGCAAUGGCAGCGAAUGUGUCGACAACCCGUGAUGUCUUUGGCAACGGUGGAAGCCACGGCAACGGUUAUAGCAAACUGCCCAGCCGAGGAUGCGUGUCUCCGGAUGAAGCUGUAAUGAUGCGCCGCAACCUGCAUCGCCCCCUUCAGGCCAGCCAGCGUAAGAGCAAGUCGCUGAACGGCCUGCAGAUGGACAACACAGUGAGUAGUCUGGAUGGUGGACAUCUAUCAGACCCCCUCCAAAGAGUGGGACUGGGCAGCCAUGCAAAGCUGGAGCGCCAGGGCAGCAAGGGCAGCAAAGGGUGUACAACUCCAUCCCGUAUGGUCCACAGCCCCCUGGGAAACAGACUGGAUACAGACAAACAGAGCAACGAUCUUCACGGGCUGCUCUGCAUGCAGGACUCCGGGAUCCAGUCAUGGGGGGACGAAUCAAAGUGGAGGGGUGGGAUAGAGGAGAAUAACCACACACCCUUCAGUGAGAGGAGUCGGAAGCAGGAUAAAGGAGGCUUCAGGAGCUCAUUCAAGAAACUCUUCAAGAAAAAGAGCAGCGAUGAGAAGAAAGAGAAGGGAGGUGAGAAAACACCAGAAAACCACAACAACGGUGAACAUGACACGUCAGGGAAAAAUCCCAAGCUGGUGCAUCUGGAGAUAAACCGUGGCACAGCUGUAUGAACGCCACCCCACUGUCACAGACUGCUCAAAUAUACAGUGUAAUGCAUGCAUGCUGAAUAAGUGCCAUAUAAUUAGAGACUUUUUUUUUUUUUUUUAACUUUUACAACUGCUGUAUAAAUGCUGUACAGGUAUAAGCUAUUUAGCUAAGCAACAUUUCCUCUUAACAUUUCCAUGUGAUUUUUAUUUGAAAGACAGAGUCCUGCCCCUGGCCUUCACACUGAGGGAAAGCACUUUUUAUUCACCAUUUUUUUUUUUUUUUUUUUUUUUUUAAAUCAAAGUAGUUGGUUGAAUUUUUGCCCAUGUUCAAUGUUAUUUUGUUAAUUUUGUCAAAAAACAUUUUGCCAGUGAAUCUGUGAAUAGGUUGUUACAAACCUGACCACUAGAUGGUGUAGUUUAACACUUUCCAUCCCUGUACUGUAAAUAGCUCUGCUCUACCUCCAGUUCUUAAAAGAUUUUCUAACUAACACCUUUCUUCCCGUUUGACCCUCCCUUCGAUGCGUUUCAUUUGCACCCCAAAUUUCAAAUCUGUGCAAACUUACUAGCAGACAUUUCUAUGGUUGCUUAAUUUCUUAAGCCAUAACCAGAUAUUAUUAUAUUGUGCAUAUACUCAGGAGAACAACCAUUAAACAGUUUGAUUAAAUGAU